CACAAAUGCAAGAAAUGGAACAAAAAUUCAUGGCUGAAUUGCAUAAAAAAGAAGAUCAAUUGAAGGAAAUGUCCACCAAAAAAACUGGCAGUCCCCAACAAAGAUCCAUGGUCAAGAGAAUCAAACAAAAAUCAAGAAAACAAGCACAUGACCCAGAUUUUGAAUACCAACCAAUGACCAAACCCAAAGAACAUGCAACAAACAAGACACAAACUGCUGCUGAUGUACCCAAACCAACACAGGGUACCAAUGAAGAAAAACAGAAGAAGAAUGACAACAAAAAACAGGGUGCUCAUGAAGCAAAACAACAGCAGAAAGAAAAGAUGCAAGAACAUAUUGGCCAAGAGAAACCAGUUGCUGCUGAAACAAACCCAAAAGAGCAUGCCAAUCAAAAGAAGACAAAUCUUCAAGUAUUGGAAAGUGAUGAUGAUUCCCAGGAAGAAUCAAUCCCAAACAAGCCACUCACCAUUUCAUGCCGCAAAACAAACAAGGUUUGGCAUAGCCUAUCCAAAAAAGACCAAGACCAAAUUCAACUCAUCAACAACACACAAUCAACUGCUUGUGUCUGGUCUGGCAGCGAAGAUGAAAACUGCGUAUACUUUUCAGAUAUAUGCAGAUUGACCAACAGGGAACCCUUAUAUGGGAAUGUCAUUGAUGCCUUCUCAGAAAAGCAAUUGGCACUCCAACCAACCAUUGAAGAAUUUGAGAAAAACGAUCUAGUCUUUGCAAGCAAUCCAUACGCAGGAAGAUCUUACGUUUUCUCAACACUCAUCAAUACUCCACUACAAAACCAAGAUCAAGCACUGAGAGAAAAACUGAUGGACAGCCAUUUUCCAGAAGCAAUGAAAAACAGAUAUAUCCAUUUCCCAAUCAACCACGACAACCAUUGGACAAUUGUGGUCUUUGACAAUGCUGAUGGAAUAUGGAGACACUAUGACUCGUUGAGACCAGCAAAAGAUUGCCAUAACAAGCACUUUGAAAUUGCAAAGCAAAUUCAACAACAUCAACUGAGAUGGAAUAAAGCAUUACUCAGCAAACAGGGAAACAUGUUUUCAUCUCAAGAGUGCGAGACAGAAAUUGCAUCAAUUGAGGAAUGCCCACAACAAACCCCACACUCGAAUGAUUGUGCAAUUGCCGUCUGCAAUGUUAUCAACCAAUAUCUCAACUGGCAACCUGUGCAGAAAAAACUUCGUCCAACUGAAUGGGUCAAAUUUCGAGCACAAAUCAUCAAUCAAUUCCUCAAUGAUGAGAACCGAUCUUGGAAACUCGAGCACUACCAAAUGUUGACAAAACAUACCAAACCAUAGAAACAAUGAACAAACUUCUUAACAAUACAAAUAUUCAAGGGAACAUAUCUUUGAAC